UUCCGGUUCGUCCGGAUAUCAGCAGGUUCGUAGCUUUCCUCCAUCAACUGAGGAAUCUACGCAUCAGUUGCCGCCACGCUCGAGCCUGCAGAAGUCCAAGUGGGCAUUAGGACAGUAGCAAGAUUGUGCAGGCUGAAACAUGUGCAUGCAGUCUGACCACCAAACUAGCGUCCACAUACAAAAUCUGUGAGGGCCGUGUGAACGUAGCACACCGCCAAUCGCCUUCGUCCCAUAAUUUCACCGAAUAUCUCUUGAAAGUUAUAUGCGCUUAGGCUUGGCGAUUAUCAGCACUUUAUGAGACACAACUCCCCGAGGUUCAUGCUGCAGUGAUGCUGGAGACGGUGCAGAACAGCUUCCGCGUGUGAAGAUUUUCUCAGCGUUCGCUUCGAUACCCAGUCCAUUCUAAUUUUGUCAAUUCUUGAUACGAUUAGGUGUGUCUGCUCACUUUCCCCCAUUUAUGCAACAGUUCGCGGUGGUGCCAUGAACGGAUGUGCCCGUGACCACGUUGAUUGAAAAUCGAGUGCUAACGACAAUGGUGUAUCCCUGCUUGAACUUGCUCGAUGCAUUAAAUCCAAGCCACUGCAUGGACUGGUGAGCGCACUCAGUUGCCAUCCGACUGCUGUACUACAUGCCUUGAACACCCUUUCUACGAAGAACGGUUCAAAGCCUGCCGGCAUUUCCCAGGCUGCUCGAGAGUUCAUUCAUCGGCUAUUCCAUCGGUGCAAGUAGUGAAUGAUCGAGAGCCACUCGCUUCGCACGCUGACACUACCUGCAAAAGUGGAUGUCUGCGCGCUUUAUUUUGUUGUUUCUGAAGCGCAAAAAAUGUUUUGUCGCGUUCUGGGAGCUUAUUUGGAGGGGAGUUUUUUCUUGUUUAUGUAUACUGCGUCACAGUAACUGUGAAAACUCGUCUCCGCGGGGCAUACGGUGCGGGCGUGUCACCCCGCAAGCCGCCUGCCCAAAAUGCGGGAAUCAGAGGCCUCACCCGUAAGUGGCUUUGCCACAGGUCGGAAAAAGUCGGCGGCAGUCCUGUCUUCGGAACCUUCGGGUGCAUCAAGCUCAGAAGUGCGGGAAAAUACCUCGGGCAUCUUUGCUCACCAGCUGCUCAGCCUCUCGGACCUCUUGAUCGCGGUCACCAACUUGUUCAUUCUCCAAGUAACUGUAGGGACUUGUGCGGACCGUGUUGCUCUCAUACGCGCUCGCCAGGCAGGCGCAAGCUUCCGUGAAAGCCACGCUUCUUCCUCUCAUGCAGCAACAGGAACAGAGACAUUGCCGCGUAACACGCGUGGCGACAGCGCAGAAGAACAGAGUGACUACAGUGUGGCGCUCGCGGUCGAGGACACCGGAGGCUUGGAACUUGCCGUUAUUUCUGUCUGGACGCUGGUUCUCGUCGUCGCCCUAAAAGGCGGUACUGCAAUCUACGUGCGGAGUCGGUAUGCUACACUGCAGGGCGAUUACGAGAAGAUGUCGCAAACAGCUGCAUGCGAGGAGAGUCCCAGCGAGGGAGUGAGAAGCCUUGGGUCGAUCUGUCGCUUCAUUGUGCGUCUAGGUUCGGGACGUUUUUCCCUUUCUUGCCUUCCGGCAUCAGCCUCAUAUGUCUGUUAUCCAGGAUCGAUUGCCUACCUGUACGGGCUCUGGUUGGCAACUAUCUCCUUUUUACCGGUUUUACUCGGUACUCCUGUUUCCCAGUAUGCGGCCUGUGUGCUUUUCGCUUCAUACUUGGCUUCACUUGGUCUCCUUUGUCCAGUUGCGGCUGCGGUUGUUGAGGAGAUUCGAAGGCUAGGCGUCGAAAUCGAGGCAGACAAAGGGUCUGUCACAUCUGUGCGAACAAAGCACGAAGGGCUUGGUCAUGGCCGCACAAAAAAAGAGAAAUCUUCACCUGAGGGUGUGGCACCGCCUGACGUUUUGACCAUGCCACACUUCCUGCGGGUCGUGCAUCCGUACCUGCCCGAAUGUCUCAAAGCACGUUUGCCGUUCAUUCUCUCUCCUCUCCAUCUAGGCCACCUUUUUAUCGUCGCGGCAUUCCUACCUUUUAUCACAUGCAGUUUUAGCGCAAUUCUGUCGUGCUUUUUUCUGCCUCUUGACUGGCAGACCGUGUUCAUACAUUUCCCUUUUCCGUUAAUACUGGGCGGUUCAGUCGGGCACUUUGUCGGCGCCACCGUCUCUGUGCUGCUGACGUGUUUCGUGCUUCCUUGCUUAACCAUCUGCCAGAAGUUUUUGGGGGGCAGCCUGGUGGCGGCUCCAGUUUUGCAAGACUUGCUGUUACAGCAGCGACAGCAAGAAGAGGAUAGUGACUGGGAGGAUUUCGAAAUGACAGAAACAUGUGGUGGAGGAAUAUAUCACGAAAGCGGGGCAUCCGGGAAGAUCGGUGGUGAAACACAGCUGACGGAAUCUAGUCUCCGCAGAAGGGGCAGGAGGUACGCGCCGCCGUAUGGCAGUGAUCGUCUCUCGUAGAACGUUAAAAUAUGCAGCCGACAAGCGUGCUGGUACUUUUGUAGAGGGAGUCGUGCUCCUAUUGUAGAAUCGCUUCCUCAGGGGGUGUCGGGUAGUGACAGCCUGACAUCAAGCGCACCGUCCGUGCCGUCUAACCUCUUUUGUGUGGCCUUAAAAGUAGGUCAAAGACAAGCGGGUUGGUGAGGGCCGUUUCGUUACUUCUGUGCGCGUACACAAUCACUUUUAGAUGAUUAGGUCUGGGAUAUCAGUGUUUUAUUUCGCCUUGCGGCGUGCAGUGGUGUGAAACGCAGACUGCGAGUGCAUAUAACUGCUUCGAAUUAUUCAAUGAUGGCGUUCAUGAAAAACUUUGAGAGCGAAGAUAGGUCAUUUCUGGGGUAACGACAUGCGGUUCCGCUGUGGAAGAUUGUUUCGCACUGCGCCAAACGGUGUCUCCACUUGCAUGUCACUGCAUAUGGAAUGGCAUAGCGGUGGAUUCGGUGAGUUUCUGGAGGGUGGCUUGUUUAGCAUCAGCUUCGCAGCAAGCAGAAACUCUGACCGUGAGUGUGCCCGUGCGGAAAAUACUCCGGAAGUAGUCCAAGUCAGCGUCGUAGCUGAGUGUCAUUCUGUAUGCAACCCCCGGACGUUGUCUGCGUGGUGUGCCGCUAUGUGUGCCGCAUUUAAGCGCUCUUAGAAGAUCCAUACUAUGUUUUGUAAAAUCAAAUACAUCUAUCACGUACGCAGUAGCAUUUG